AUGGAGGCGGAUGGGGACGGAGAGGAGCUGACCCGGCUGCGCUCCGUCUUCGCCGCCUGCGACGCUAACCGCUCGGGGCGCCUGGAGCGCGAGGAGUUCCGGGCACUGUGCACCGAGCUGCGGGUGCGGCCGGCUGACGCCGAGGCAGUAUUCCAGCGGCUGGACGCCGACCGUGACGGCUCCAUCACCUUCCAGGAGUUCGCACGUGGCUUCCUCGGGGCCCUCCGCGGGGGGCGGCGCUGGGACUGGGGUCCGCUGGAUCCCGCGCCCGCCGUGGCUGAGGCGGGGCCGGAGACACACGACAGCGAGGAGGACGACGGCGACGAGGACGCGGCGGCGGCGCUGGCCACCUCGUGGGGCCCGGCGAGUCCCGGCCGGGCUUGGCAGGAUUUCCAGGCGCGACUCGGAGACGAAGCCAACUUCAUUCCCAGAGAAGAGCAAGUUAGUACCUUGUACCAGAACAUCAACCUUGUGGAGCCAAGAUUAAUUCAGCCAUAUGAACAUGUUAUAAAGAACUUCAUCCGUGAGAUCAGACUUCAAAGCACAGAAAUGGAAAAUUUGGCCAUUGCGGUGAAGAGAGCCCAGGACAAGGCAGCUAUGCAGUUGAGUGAGUUGGAAGAGGAAAUGGAUCAGAGGAUUCAGGCUGCAGAACAUAAGACACGGAAAGACGAAAAACGCAAAGCUGAGGAAGCCCUCAGUGACCUCAGACGUCAGUAUGAAACUGAAGUAGGAGAUCUGCAGGUGACCAUUAAAAAGCUAAGAAAGCUCGAAGAACAAUCAAAACGCGUAAGUCAAAAGGAAGAUGUGGCUGCAUUGAAAAAACAAAUUUAUGAUUUGUCAAUGGAAAACCAGAAAGUUAAGAAAGACCUUUUAGAAGCACAGACAAACAUAGCCUUUCUUCAGAGUGAGUUAGAUGCUUUGAAAAGUGAUUAUGCUGAUCAGAGUCUGAAUACUGAAAGGGAUCUGGAAAUAAUCCGAGAAUACACAGAAGAUCGAAAUAGUCUUGAGAGGCAAAUUGAAAUACUCCAAACAGCUAACCGGAAGCUACAUGACAGUAAUGAUGGCCUUAGAAGUGCCCUUGAAAACAGUUAUAGCAAAUUCAACAGAUCUUUGCAUAUAAAUAAUAUCUCACCAGGGAAUACAAUUUCUAGAAGCAGUCCCAAAUUCAUUGGUCAUUCCCCUCAACCUCUAGGCUAUGACAGGUCAUCCCGCUCUUCCUAUGUGGAUGAGGACUGUGACUCCCUGGCCCUCUGUGAUCCUCUGCAGAGGACAAAUUGUGAAGUUGACAGCCUGCCUGAAAGCUGCUUCGACAGUGGCUUGUCUACCUUGAGAGAUCCCAAUGAGUAUGACUCAGAAGUGGAAUACAAGCACCAGAGGGGAUUUCAGAGGUCACAUGGGGUGCAGGAGAGCUUUGGAGGUGAUGCUUCAGACACAGAUGUUCCUGACAUAAGGGAUGAAGAGACAUUUGGUUUAGAAGAUGUGGCUUCCGUCUUAGACUGGAAGCCCCAAGGGUCUGUUAGUGAAGGCAGCAUUGUUAGUUCAUCAAGAAAGCCCAUCUCAGCACUCUCCCCCCAGACAGACCUGGUAGAUGACAACGCUAAAUCUUUUAGCUCACAGAAGGCUUACAAGAUUGUACUUGCUGGGGACGCUGCAGUGGGGAAGUCUAGUUUCCUCAUGAGACUUUGCAAGAAUGAAUUUCGAGAAAAUAUAAGCGCCACUCUGGGAGUUGAUUUCCAAAUGAAAACCCUCAUUGUGGAUGGAGAACGAACAGUUCUGCAGCUCUGGGAUACAGCUGGUCAGGAGAGAUUCAGAAGUAUUGCCAAGUCUUACUUCAGAAAGGCAGAUGGUGUUUUGCUGCUGUAUGAUGUUACGUGUGAGAAAAGCUUUCUUAACAUACGAGAAUGGGUAGAUAUGAUUGAGGAUGCAGCCCAUGAGACUGUUCCCAUCAUGCUGGUAGGAAACAAGGCUGACAUUCGUGACACUGCUGCUACAGAGGGACAAAAAUGUGUCCCAGGGCACUUUGGAGAGAAACUGGCUAUGACGUAUGGGGCGUUAUUUUGUGAAACAAGUGCCAAAGAUGGUUCUAACAUAGUGGAAGCUGUUCUGCACCUUACUCGAGGUGGCUGGAUGUCAGCCGGAAAGUUUCUCGACUGCUUUUGCAGAAGUGAAAAAGAGAACUGACAAGGAUGACAGCAGAUCCAUUACCAAUCUAACCGGGACCAAUUCCAAAAAGUCACCACAGAUGAAGAAUUGUUGUAAUGGCUAAAUCCCAAACAUCCUUGGCCUGUGAAGUCUUCAUUUCCAGAAUACUGAAUUUGUGUGACUUAUUUGGCUCUUAACAGAGUGGCACAUCCUACUGACACUGUCCUAUGGAGAGUUACAGUGCAGGAAACCUGAACCCUGCUCUCAGGUCCCUCUGGAACUUUGGCUCUUCUUUGUUUUGUCUCAGUGAGUGAUUUAGGCCCUCUGGCUAAAUAGACUAGUCAUGUCCUUACAGGUCUUAAAAGAUAACAUGUAAAUGUUUUUAAAAUGGUAAAAAAAAAAAAAAAAAAGAAAGAAAGAAAUCACAUGCUCAGAUCAAAGCUGUAGAGGAAACUGACAUAAUUUAGAUUCAUGUGGUAGCUGAAUUAGGUUACCCACAAAGUCAGCAUUUAAAUAUUUGAUACUAAAGUUCUAGUAAGAAGGGAUUCUCAUCCUAGCUUUGCUGUUAACUGGCCUUGUGACCUUGGACAUGUCACAAGCCCGUGUCGGAUCUGUUUCUUCAUCUGUAAAAUGCACAGCUUGCCCUCAAAGGCCUUGCAGCCCUUGGCACCUCAGAUUCUGUGGGAAGCAGUAGGAAGGAGAGUGUGGUGGCCCACAGUUAAUAAUAGAACUAUGGUUAUUCCUGCUUUUUAAUAUUGGAGUAUUGAUUUUUCUCACUUCUGAAAUAAGGACAGAAUUUGAUUAAAAAAUGGAAACAGAAAUAUCUAUUUUUUUAUGUAUAAAGAAACAUGUUUGAGACAAAAAUAGUUGUAUAUAAAAGAGGAUAUUUCAUAAUCUCAGAAUAGUUCCAAAGCUCACUGCUUAAAUUUGGUGUUAAAAAUUCUAAUGAAAACAUGUAAAGCCACAUACUACUGAAAGCACAAUGCGCAGGAAAGUUGUCACUCUUCACUUAAGGGAGUGGUUGCCAGGGGCUGAGAAAGGGAGGACAGGGAGUGACUGCUAAUGGGUAUGUGGUUUCUUUGGGCGAUGAUGAGAAUGUUCUGGAAUUGGAAUAGUGGUGAUAGUUGUAUAACUGUUUGAAUAUACUAGGAACCACUGAAUUGUAUACUUUGAAAGGGUGAAUUUUAUGGUUGUGAAUUAUCUCACUAAAAAAAUACUAGUACUUAGAGUGAUUUAACAUUUUGCAAAAUUUUCAUUUUCGUAUGCCUGCUGAUUUCAAACCUUCCCAUGGUUUAGAAGCAUAACCUCUAAUGUAAUGCAAGUCCCCUAACUCCCUAGUUGCUAACAUUAACUUCCUUAAGUAAUAAUCAAUGAAAGAAAUACUAUGCAUGGUUUUGAAAUAAUGUCCUUAAAAGAGGAAUCACCAUUAGGAAAGGUGAGUCAGGGUCCUUUGUUUAAUGUGAUUAGUGGCUCAUCAUCACCAGUGACCUGGUUGGGCCUACUCUCCUUCCAGAACCUGCAUUGCUUCCCAGACUUCCCCACUGAGAUGCCGCUAAGAGCCAAAGGAGUCAACACCUGAGCCUAGGGUGGGGCUACAACAAAAGAUUCUAAUUUACCUUGCUUCAUCUAGGUCCAGGCCCCAAGUAGCUUGCUGAAGGAACUUAAAAAAUAGCUGUUAUUUAUUGUAUUAUAUAAGCUAAAAACAUUUAUUUUUGUUGAAUCAAAAUAAUUCCAUGUAGCAAUCUUUUUUCUGUUCACGGUGUUUGUGAUAGAACCUUAAAUUCCGCAAGCGUCAGUUUUUUGAAAAAAUGGGAAUUGACCAGAUAGUUACAGGCAAAGAUUAUAAAUAGCUACAACAUCAUUUAACUUUUAUAAACAUGCCUUCUCCCUAUUGAAGACAUCUGAUAUUUUUGCUGGAAAGUUGGAUCUAUCCUCAGUAACUCUACCAUGAAUUCCUGUUUCCUGGUUCCAGAAAAAGAAAAGAUUACAUUUCUGAUCAUAAAGAAUGUCUUGCAUAUGGGAAAUUUUUCAAAAUAAGUGGGUUAUUAUUUAUGUGGCAUUGCGUUUUGCCAUGGCUGUUUGUCUUAGUGGCAUCUUUUGAUGAGAUUGGAUCUGAUAUAUAUAGAUGCUGAUAUAUGGGACACAUGUUUAGGUUUUGGUGCAGUUGCACAAAAUUGUGUUAGUUUAUAUGUUACUGUGUUGCCUUUAUUUAUUCUCUCCAAAGUGUCUCUUUAUAUUUGUUUUACAAUCUGUAAAAGAGUAUACCAUAAUACAGAAGUAUUUUCAUAGUCUUUACCUCUGGAUUGUCCUGUCAGUAUACCCACGUUGAUGAGAUUACACCGGUGCCUUUGAUGGUCAACCAAUCAUCUUUAACUAUUUGAGCCCUGAUAAAUAUUUUGGUAACAUAAUCCAAAUUAAAGACUUAGAGCUCUGGUUAGCAAUCAUGUUUAAAGAGAAGCUUCUUAAAGCUCUGUAUGCUGCAAUGCUGGGAGAUUCAUGAUUAUUACCAACGUUUUGAUUUCAUGAAGGUGUUCUCAAAUUUAAAGCACAUUUUCAGUAAGAACAAAAAUAUUUAACGUUUUUAUCUUAGGCUUAACUUGAUACAUUUGCGUAUUACUAUGGAAGUUAUUCACCUUGUCCCUGUUUUUCUUUAAGAGAUUUUAAAAUCACAGUUAUACUACAGUCCUUUUUUAAAUGUAUCCUGAUACAUUGUAAAAUAUUUUAAUUUCAUUGUGGAAAAUAAUGUUGGGUAAGGAGAUAUUUUUCACUGUUAACUUUUAGCCCAUGCAUUUUCAUAAUUUAUUUUUUUCACUUGCUGCUUUAUAUGACAUAUGUGACAUUUGAUUAUUUAAUACUUGAUGUGAUCUGCAUAAACCCAAGUUGCACAACCCUCCUGCUGAAGGUAAAAUUGAGGUUAAAGAUAAAGAUUUAUUUUCAUAUUUGUACAGUGAUCGGCUUCAGAGUGAUGGUUUUUGUGGGCUUUUAUUGUAUGUGUGUGUAAGAAAUUUCAUAUGUAUAUAUUAAGUAGGCCUCUGAGUAUUGAAUAAUUGUUUUAUGAUUUUGAUUUAUAUGGUUUACAUUUUCAUUCUGUGGGCCAUAUUUCGUUUAUACUGUUUAUUUCUCUUCAAACCAUUAAUAAUUAUACCAUAAAGUGUAAUUUUUAUAGCAAUGCAAAUGUCUAAGGAACUACAAAUAUUUUCUACAUUGUAAAUUCAAUAAAGCUUGCUUCC